AAGGUUUUCAAAGUGAAGAUCUGGUGAGGUCCGGCGACGGUGAUCAUCAACAUGGCGGGGACAGUUUUCUUUGUCGCCCUUUGCGGCUUUUUGUCAGUAGCGUAUUCGGCUGCUCCAUACAAAUGUGCAGGUGUAGCCACGUACCACUUGGCAUUUUAUGGCAACUGGAGUAUGAUGACUCAUCCCUAUGCUUGGCCAUUAGGCGGCAGAUUUUCUAAUUUGGUUGGUGCCUCGCACGGAGAUAACUACACUAUUUGGGAUGGGGGAAUGAUGGCCUCUCCAGGGGUUAAAGAUGUUGCUGAAGAAGGUGAAUAGCUCGCUUUUUUAAUGUUACAUUUCAUUGAGCUUAAAGAUGAAAUUAAAACAAGAUUUGCAAUAAUGGAGGACAAAACUUUGGCUGAAAAAUAGAAGCCUCCUAGUUAAGCGAUACUGGCUUAAAACAAACCCCCCGUUAGACUUUCAAAAAAGUCCUUCGUCCGAUUUAAUAUGGCGCAGGACCUCUCGCUUGCGCGGCCUAUAACUCGCUAAGAAACUCGUGAGGUCGACUUGUAGCAAGUCUAACCCGCCGUAUGUCACCUUAUAAAAUUUGGCGCUUGGUAAGCGGUUUAUGAUUUUGUUAACUUCAAAAUAAAGAGAAGCUUAGCGAACUGUUUGAAAAUACUCAGCGCUAAGUCCGUUUAUAACUUUCCAGUUUAGGAAUUUUAUCGAGUGAAAAUUUAAAAGUUACCCAAUACUUCUUGCACUCUCCAGGGGCACCCAACGAGAAUAUAGUUCAAAACCACUUAAACAUAGCAUUGUUAAACGUAUUUUAGUAUUUAAACGGUAGAUAAAGGCAUAUUUUUUUACCCUAAAAAUUUUUAUCUGUUCGGAUUUCGUAGCUGAAAGUCUAGUGAUCCGAAAAUUAUAGGGAUCAAAACUUACCGUUUAGAAAAUUUCAGCCAGAAAAAAGGCUCCUGAAAAUUCUAGGUGACCAUUUUAGGGUAAAAAUCCUUUAAAAAUGGGCAAUUAUACCAUUUUUUAGAUGUUCGAUAAUCGUAGGAGAGGCAGGCAAGCAAGAAAUUUUACAACAAAUGUUCCGAAAAUUCUAGAUCUCAAAUUGUCUUCCGAACAGAUAUUUUCCGAAAAUUGACGUUGGGCGCCCCAGUGACUGUCCAGAGCAAAAAAAAAAGUCAUUAGCACAGAAGGUAAAAGGGUUAACCCUCAACCGUCAAACGGCAACAUUCCGUCAACCGUCAAACGAAGUGGUAAUUGUUAGUCCAAAGUCCUUUCUGUUAAUUAGUCCACAAUUUCAAACCAAACAAUGGGCUCCUCUUGCGUUUAACCUGCCCAAGUACUUUCUUAACAGCUGUCAUCUUUUUAGACGAACUUCGUAUACUAUAACCAUUUAUUCUUUCGCUUUCACCGGAAUAAGUAUACGACUUCGUUUUUGCAUAUAGGUGUGUUGAGCCAAUCACAAAUGUAGAAAUAUUUUUGAAUGGAUAAUGACAUUUAUUAUCCCGUUUUUCCUCAGGUAAUUCAUCAACACUGGAGGCGGAAAUAAUGCAGCGAAUCAUGUACAACAAGACGGCCUGGAAGUUAAUCAAGUCUAUGGAUGGAAUUGCAGGCACAGGUAGCGAGAUGAAUAUCGACGUCGAAGUCACACAGGACUUUCCUUUGGUAUCUAUUGUCACCAUGCUUGCGCCAUCACCUGAUUGGUUCACUGGAAUUAAGAAGGUAUCCCUUUGUGACACCUCGAGCGGAAUGUGGAUGGACAGUCACACAAUUUAUAAUCUACAACCCUGGGAUGCUGGCACCGACAACGGGACAACUUUCAUGGCUGCGAAUAAUCCGACUAUGCCUCCCGGUUAUAUCAGCAUGAUCAAUAAACUUGCACCACCAACAGAUUUUAUGAAUCUUUCCGCGUCAGCAAUACCAACACUGGGUAAGAUGAUGUUCGUGAGACAAAACAAACCAACCAUGAAUCAAUGCAGUGGCAUGUACUAUUACACAGUCAAGUUUGAGGCGAAGUGGUCACAGGCUACACACCCCAAUGGAUGGCCGACUGGAGCCAAGUUCUCCCCUCUCGUCAUUGCUACUCACUCGUACAAAUACAAAAUGUGGAGUGAUAUGACCAGAGCCUCACCGGGUGUCAAGAAAGUUGCGGAAACAGGUGCGUCAAUUUUUAAGAGUUUCUUACUAGUAAGAUUUCUCUAAGUGAUUACACUGAUGGGUAUGCGGAGGGAAAAAAAUUACAGCGGGAAAAUUAGACAAACUUAAGCCUCUAACAGAAUUUUUCAUAACCGGGACCAAGGUUACUUGCUAAAGGCCUAUUAUUCCAACUAGAACGCUCUUUCAAUGAAUCCGUGUGGCAAAAAUCUCACCUAAUUGUCAGAUUGACUUAUUGACUGACUAUCAUGAAUCACUGAGCUCAUGAUUAUGAAUAAUAAUAUAUUUCUUUAUAUAGCGCUAAAUAGAUAGAGGAUAUUACACGGUUGCGCAAAGAUAUGAAUUUUAUUUUCGAGUGGCAAACCAAUCUGUUGUCACGAACGAGCGCAGCGGGUGAGUAAAAUAGUGUUUUUGCCACGAGAAAAUAAAAUUUGUAUCUUCAAGCCGCCGUGUAAUGUUCUUUUUAUUAUAUAGACAAAAAGACAUCGAUAAAAUAAUAGAUUUUUAUUCGGUAACGGUAAUUGUGACGGCUCACAUUUACGGUACAGCAAUAUAAGACAUCGUUUACAAUAAUCUUGAGAAAUAACACUGAGCUGAAUAGGGCUCUACAUUGACAAAGUAUAAGCAAAGCUUUGAGAAAAGUGUAAUUAAAAUUCAAAGGACGCAAGACGCCUACAAGUUUUGGAGGGAAAUCACCGAAAUUACGUCAUCGAUAAACUGACGUGUGAGAUUAUGGAAGAUGAACCACUCCGGUCCCGGAUGUAGUUUUCAUGAAUUUUACGAGUGGUAUAUUUUUCAGUAAAACACUCGUGUCUAUAUAAUAAAUAUGCAUAUCUAAAGCGCUAAUAAAAGCUGAGACAAACAUUAACACAUAAAAAAACAUGACACUUGGAAAAAAUGAAAAUAAAAAACCACAAAAAUCACUGUACAAGAAUUGGCAAUGUUUAUUUGUAAAUAAAGUUGGUGAUACAAAACACCAUUCCAAUGCUAUGGCAGUUAUAUUUUCGGUCCUUUUCACUUUUUUGUCUGUUUGUUGUCUUUUUGUUAUGGACUGAUCUAAAGAGACUUGACUGACUACACCCUUGCCCACCCUCCACCCCCAAUUCACCCGUGUACUUUGCCUUUGCCUCACUUUUUAAUAUCAAAUUUGCUUUUAUUUUCCUUUUACAGGAAUGGAAGGAACAUUGUAUAACGAAGUUAUGAUGAUGGAAAAGCCCGGGUUUGUCUCCAAUGUCUAUACAACCGGGGCAGUAAGCACUCCAAAUGGCUACAAUAGCACAAAAAUCAUGGUACAAAACAUGUACUCCAUGGUCUCUCUAAUCAGCAUGAUCGCACCUUCACCUGAUUGGUUCGUUGGAGUUGACAGCUAUGAUCUCUGUGGAACGAAUGGAUGGAAAGAAAUGAUGAUAAUGAACCUUCUUCCGUGGGAUGCUGGGACGGAUAGUGGGCGAAACUUUACAUCAGAAAACAUGGAGACUAACCCUGUUGACGUCAUCAAGCGUAUCACUUCAAGUAGUGAUACCCAGAUGGGCGCAGAUGCCGAUAAAGUCUUUGCUACAGUCACUUUCACGCGCGAAGAAAUGAUAACAACAACGACACAAGCAACAACUACAGCUAGUGCCCCAGGCUUGUCGGCAGGCCUUUUUGCCUUCCUGUCCGUCUCGUUGCUUGCAAUCAUGGGCGUGCUGUUCUAGAGUAAUGCACUGGAGCUAGAGCGGUGAAACCAAUACGUUUUGUCAUUUUCGAACAUUUUCCUCUGGUACGUGGUCGAUGACAUUUUAAAGACACAGUCUUCUCUGGUCAAAGACCAUUUUUUAACUAAUUCUCGGUCAAAUUAGACCUUUUUCCGUGAAGAAAGUUUAAAGUUGACCAAGGCACCUUCCGCACAGACUAGUAUCUUGGCUAGUGCAUGUUCCAUAAUGGUUAUUGAUUUAAUUGUUGGACAGUUCUUACAGAUUUCACAGAGACGCAUUACAAAUGAAAUCGACCCUGUCAAAUCCUGUAGUAGGAUAAACCUUUUGUAAACUCUACAUUGCACGCACGAAUAUACGUUUGUAU